CGGGUCCUCCGGAGCCGAGGUCCCUUUCCCCGCCCGCAGCGCCCCAGGGCCGCGCCGGUCCCAGGAGCCGCCUCCCGCUACCCGCCGCCGGCCUCUGCGCGCCUGGGCGGCGAGCAGGCAGGGGCGGGGGCAGCCGGGGCGAAGAGUGGCGGCGGCGGCGCACGGCCCGGAGCAGAGUGGCAGCGGCGGGAGCGGCGGCGCACGGCUCGGCGCCUGUCCCUGAAGAGAAUAAACAAAGCACUGACCAAAGCUAACAGGUGAAGGAAGCAGAGCUGAGGAGAGAUUGUCUCUGUUUGUGGAUCACAGAAAAGUUUGUAAUGGCAAUGCUCUGGAAAUUCAUGAGAGUAGCCAAGUAUUCUAAAACAGCUUUAUCACCAAAAGUAAAGGUGAGAGGUGUUCCAGCCUCUUCAAGGCAUUCUUCUUUGAAGUCUGUAGCUUCAGAUUUUGCUGCUAGCACACCCCGCUCAAAUACUGUGGAACUGCUUGGGAAAUCCUAUCCUCAGGAUGACUACAGCAAUGUCACCAAAAAGGUUCUUUCCAAGGUGGGAAAGAACUUGCAUAACAAAAAGCAUCACCCUUUGUGGCUGAUCAAGGAGCGAGUGAAGGACCAUUUCUACCAACAGUAUACAGGCCGCCGCGGGACUCCACUUUUCUCGGUCUACGAUGGACUUUCUCCAGUGGUGACAGUGCAGCAGAAUUUUGAUAGUUUGCUUAUCCCACCAAACCACAGCAGCAGAAGGAAAGAGGACAACUAUUACUUGAAUCGGGAUCAUAUGCUAAGAGCACAUACAUCAGCUCACCAGUGGGACUUGAUACACUCUGGCCUGGAUGCCUUUCUGGCUGUGGGGGAUGUCUACCGCCGUGAUACAAUUGACAAUACUCAUUACCCAGUCUUUCACCAGAUGGAAGGAGUUCGACUCUUCUCCUGUCAUGAGUUGUUCUCCAACGUUAAGGAUGGGGAAGGCUUACAGCUGUUUGAGCGAGGUCAUCGCACUGCACACAAGCAAGAGUGUCACACUAUGGAGGCAGUGAGGCUGGUGGAGUUCAACCUGAAGGAAGUGCUCAGGAAGCUCAUGACUCACCUCUUUGGUGAUGGACUGCAAGUCAGAUGGGUAGACUGCUACUUCCCAUUUACUCACCCUUCCUUUGAGAUGGAGAUCAACUUCCAAGGAGAAUGGCUGGAGGUUCUUGGCUGCGGGGUCAUGGAGCAACAGCUAGUUAACUCAGCUGGUGCUGAGGAGAAAAUUGGCUGGGCAUUUGGCUUGGGUUUGGAAAGGCUGGCCAUGAUCCUGUAUGAUAUCCCCGACAUCCGACUUUUCUGGAGCGAAGAUGAACGCUUCUUGAAACAGUUUGUUGUGCCUCACAUUUGGGAAAAGAUAAAAUUCCAGCCACUCAGCAGAUAUCCACCUUUGAUCAAUGACAUCUCCUUUUGGCUGCCUUCUGAGACGUACUCCAAGAACGAUUUCUAUGACUUGGCUCGAACUAUUGGUGGGGACCUGAUAGAAAAGGUUAUCCUCGUGGAUGAAUUCACCCAUCCAAAGGUUCUCAAUGCUCAUCAAUAGCUUCAGUUUCAGUCACGCUGAUGGCUGUCUUCUGGAAAUGUGUGGACAGUUUCUCUGCCUAUGAAGUAGCUCACGUGAGCUGCAGCUGAAUGUAAAACCUUCUGCUGGCACUCACAAUUCCUAGCAGUGUUGGAACAAGCCCAUUCUGAGGUGGGCUUUGUGCUGUGUUUUAAAUAGGGGAUAUUCUCCCUCCUUGCCAAGAAUGUUUUGUGGUCUUUAGCAUUUUCUUCCUCAGCACUGGUCUGUUUUUCUCCCUUCCCUCUCUCCCCCACCCCCCAGUUUUCAUUUUCAGUUAUUUUUUGUUUAUGUUGAACUUCUGCCUGCUCAGCUGCAGCAGAGCUUGGUGUUGGCAGCCUGCCUCA